AUGAUCACUGCUGGCAAGUUUUAUUUUCAAAAUAUUUCAUUCUUUAUAUCACUGUUAAAAUCAGACUUGACAAAUUCUUCAAUUUUUGAUAGACAUUUUAAUGAACAUCAAACACAAAUCAAUAAUGAAUUAUUACCACUCACUGAUCGUCUCAAUCAACUUAAGAUGAGACUACAGAUUAAAGAAAUACAAAAUGAUCCAUUAUCUAUGUUAAAAAUGUGGCGCAAUAAGAAAUAUGAAGAAAUUGAUCGAGAAUAUAAUCGAAAAAUAAGACAACAGGAACAAGAAGUUUCAUAA